AUGGUGGCCAAAGGGUUCAGUCAGCAGGAAGGGAUUGAUUAUCAAGAAACUUUCAGUCCAGUUGUUAAGAUGGAUACUGUUAGAACCAUCCUUUCUAUUGCAGCUUCAGAACAUUGGCAUAUCCAUCAAAUGGAUGUAGUCAAGGGGAGAGUAAGCCAGCUUGCAGCUUCCAUGUAUAGUCUCAAACAAGCACCCAGGCAGUGGAAUGCAAAGUUAUCAGAGGCAUUGAUUAGUUUUGGCUUCAUACAAAGUCAACAUGAUCACUCUUUGCAUGUACAAGGGACUGGGAGCUACAUUGUGGUUAUACUAUUCUAUGUGGAUGAUAUACUCUUCACUGGACCAGACUUGAGGCUAGUAGAAAAGACCAAAGCAACACUACAGAAGACCUUUAAGAAGAAGGACCUAGGAGAGUUAAAAUACCUCCUUGGGAUAGAGCUUGCAGGAUCAUCACAGGGUAUUCUAAUGCAUCAAAGAAAGUAUGCAUUAGAACUUGUUUCUGAACUUGGCUUAGGUGCUGCAAAGUUUGCUACUACACCCCUUGACGUAAAUGUGAAACUCACUACGCAUGAGUAUGAUGAAUACACAUGCACAAUCAACAACUUGGAUGAUGCAUUAUUACCAGAUGUUACUAGCUAUCAAAGGCUACUGGGAAAACUCCUAUAUAUGACAGUAACAAAACCAGACAUUGCAUUUAUUGUUCAAACUCUCAGCCAGUUCAUGCAAAAGCAUAAGAAAUCUCAUAUGGAGGCAACACUCAGGGUGAUCAAGUAUGUUAAGAAUCACCCUGGGCAAGGUAUGGUUCUGUCUAGUCAAAAGAGAGGUGUAAUCUCAGCCUUCUAUGAUACUAAUUACGCAGCAUGUCCCUUGACUAGGAAGUCUGUGUCUGGUUUCUUCAUAAAGUAUGGGAAUUCACUGAUAUCAUGGAAGUCAAAGAAGUAA